CACUGACACGCAACUAUCACGUGACCCGCGGUCUUUCUGAUUUCGUCUGCUGCGCUGGCGCCGACAAUUUUCUGCUCUAAAUACCGAUCGGCGAAGGCUUUUUGUCGUUUCGCGUAUUAGAACAUGAGAACCGUAGUUAUCACAGGAGCUUCUGGAUUGUUAGGACGUGCUUUAGUGCGUGCCUUUGAGUCUUCAUCUUGGAAUGUCCGAGGCUUAGCUCAUAUCCGCGUCUCGGGCGAUCUGGUAGCGGUGGACCUCACGAACUUCGACGAAUCCGCCAAUGUCAUCCUUCAGGCUAAGCCAGAUAUAAUAGUUCACUCAGCUGCGCAGCGUGUUCCAGACAAAGUGGAGAAGGAACCGGAAAGAUCUCACGCUCUCAACGUGGAGGCAUCCAAAAAUCUUGCACACCUUGCAGAAAAAGAAGGCAUCCCUUUCAUUCACAUCAGCACAGACUAUGUGUUUGACGGGAAGAAUCCCCCCUACAAAGAGUCCGACGAGGCGAGCCCUUUAAACAAGUACGGGGAAAGCAAAGCCACGGCGGAAAAGUUUGUGAUGGCGGCAAAGCCAGAUGCGAUUGUUGUAAGGAUUCCGACCCUCUACGGAGGGGAAGAGUACGAGGGUGAAAGCGCUGUAGCAAGUCUCCUCAAGCCAGUCAAAGACAGGACGAAGCCGACUAAAGUGUCGGAUUAUGAAGUACGGUAUCCCUCGCACGUGGACGACAUUGCUACCAUAGUUGCAGAGUUGGCAGAGAGGAGAUUACAGGAUGCCUCAAUACGUGGCUUCUAUCAGUGGUGCGGAUCCGAGGCUCUUACGAAGUACGGCAUGGUCCAGAUCAUGGGCAAGGCUCUUGACGUCAACGUCGACCACAUUUCCGCAGAUCCUAACCCCAGCAGUGGGGCUCCACGUCCCCAUGACACCCGACUGGCUCGAGACAGGCUACAGGAACUCAGCAUUGGUCGCCAUACGCCUUUUGUUGACGGGGUCAAGUCGUUCCAGAGGUUUCUGUAGUGUCGCUUAAGAUGUACAUUAAAGAAUACGUAUUUUCUUAAAUAAAUUUAUCUUUGUGGCUUUUA